CAAGCAUCCAUUCAACACUCUAUCGCGGAAAUCCGCUUCAAUGCUGAGCCCGAAUAGCAAAUGCGCAGCGAGAAUCAAACAUAGCAUAAAUGCCUGCUCGAAACUCGAAGUCGCAAGCAGCAUUCCACCAUCGUCUUCUUUCGUCUCCACGCUCAAUCAGACUUCUAGCACUCCUGCCAUCACUGGAAUUCCACGCUCCCUUAGAGACUACCCUAACAGAGGCCAGCCUAGGCGAUGUCUCGGAGACUGAAAAUAGCUAUGAAGCACUCUCGUACGUUUGGGGCUCACGAUUCGGUACAGAGCCAAUUCAAUGUGAUGGUAAACCACUCUUGGUAACCCCAAAUUGCGAGUCUGCGCUUCGGCAUUUACGACUGAAAGAUAAGACUCGUAUUUUAUGGGUUGAUGCAAUUUGUAUAGAUCAAGGGAAUGGCGAAUCAAGCGUCAAUGAGCGAAAUGUACAGGUUGCGCUCAUGGGAGAAAUCUACAAGAAGGGUACCCGUACGCUAUGUUGGUUCGGUCCAGGCAAUGGUUUUACAGAUGAAUUGAUGGCACAAGUCAAUCGAAUUGGUACAUGUCCAUCACAGCGAGGAUUAAAGAAGCUCUUACAAUUCGACGAAAAGCUCCGCGAAGAAGGGCGACUAGAUUCUGACUCUUCGACUUUAAAUUACAUAUUCUGUCACCCCUGGAAUUCCCGGAUCUGGACAGUACAAGAGGCAGCGUAUUCCAAGGAAUGCCAAGUUGUAUGUGGAAACUCCACUAUUCCAUGGGAUGUGUAUUCCGCAGCAGCACACUUCCUUGUGUUUGAAGAGUUAAUCGACCAACUUGAUCCGCAGGCACACAAGAACUAUGUCUGCAUUGACGUCCGAAACACUAUACGAGAUUAUCUGCGCAAAGCACCGUCCUCCAAUAUUACCCUCCGCACGGAGGAUGAGGGAGAUGAACGAGACCGAAGAGUGGUCUUUCUUUCCUCCUGUCUCUCGGACGUCAACCAACUCCAAGCAACGGAGCCAAGAGAUAAAAUCUAUGGAAUACACGCAUUGUAUACAGACCUAGGCAUCCCCCUACCGGCAGUAAAUUAUGGAAAGUCGCUCUCUCGCGUCUAUGAAGAAACUGCUGUCGCCAUGAUUACGUGGUCUGGUACGCUCAAAGUUCUCGGUGACGCAUGUCACAACCAUCGCAAUACUGCUUUCCCAAGUUGGGUACCGGACUGGUCUGAUGGAAACAUGAAAAUAUUUACACCCUCGGGCGACGCCACCGGGGGUUCUAAAAUCACUAAACCGUCGAGAACCCUUAAUCCACGGCCUGGAGAACUUCACGUCCAGGGUAAAGUUAUCGGAACAGUAACUGAUUGGAUGAACAAAUUCGCUACUGCGGUCUUUCCGACGCGACUAGAGCAAUGCGAGCUGCCCAUUUUGACCGACAAACUCGAUCAGCUCGUUGAAGACGUUGAGAUACUGCGACUUUGGAUUGAGAAAACGAGGUUCUUUCGCCAGUUACACAGCCUGUUGCAAGCCGAUUCAGGUAUCUGUCAAGAAGAUCCUGAAGACAGUCUCCUUGAUCUUUUGAAUCAAGACAGCUAUUCUGAACCGGACGAGACUUUUAUAAUCUGGCUCGAAAUCCUGAAGUAUCCAGAGACAAAAUACGACCUCAGUCUUGGAGAAGCCCUUGUAGAGAAAUGGAGAACAGCCGAUGAGUCCAAUGCAGCACGCUGGACCCCAGAGCUGACAAACUGUGCGGUCAUCAUGGCUGCUCUGCUCUCUAAUUCAGUUCGACAAAAUGGUUGCGUUUCUAGUCCCACUUUGGGGAUUCUUGAUUUGAUGAACCAGUACUCCGCAAACUUGGCCGAUAAGACAUUAAUGUUGGCGUAUAUCAAUUCGCUUGGCAAAACAGCACCCGGAACAAGCUUUCAUUCUGUUGUAGCAGAGGAUUCUAUAGUCUUACUUCAGGGAGCUGAGUGGCCGGUCGUCUUGAGGCAGACAGGCACGAAGUGGCGGUUCAUCGGGCCAGCUUUUGUGACUGGAAUCCUGGAUGGCGAAGCGUGGUCCGAUGAAAGUGGGCAAGUGCAUGGUAUGAGUACGUUUGUUUUGGUCUGAAUCUUUCCAACAGUUCAGGCGGCUGGUCAGUAAUGCCUUGUGGCGCAUGAUGCAAUCUUCAGAGGAAAGUAUGAAUCAUAGAGGGGUAGAACGUAAUAGUUGUUUGAGAACUAGUAACAGAUUUUCUGGCUCGCAAUCAAGCACUGGGAAGUAAGGACUUUGCCAAAGUACAGUCUAGAUAAUACUGCUAGCAGGAGAAGAGAAGGGGGAUACGAACUUAUUGGUCACAUGACGAUCGGUUCUCCGGGUUGAAACUUUUCAAACAACGAACCAAACAC